AUGAAUGGAACGACAGACAAAGAGAAUGCCAAAGAAAAAGGUAAGCUCUGAAAUUUCAUUCGAGAGCUGAAAGGUCUGUGAAAUGAGAAUGAUAUGGACUAGGUUAAGAUGUUCUGAAAAGAAACAAGAGCAGAGUUUGUGAUGAUUUUGAAGGAAGAAUGUGGAACGGAAAAACAGGUUUAAAAAGUUGUUUCUAAAAAAAUUAAUUCCAGUCAAACCCUCUAUUCCCAUAGAAAUUUUGCCGAAAAAAAGUUCGCAUUUUUCAUAAAGAAAAUUUUUUUAUUUUUAUUACUAAGUUUUUUUCAAACUAGAAAUAAUCAACUUCUGUAGCUUGAAUUCAUGCAAAACUAAAAAAAUUGGACAGUAUAAAGCAGCUCCUGGUACCAAAUUUACGAGGAAUGUGCAGCACAGUCGCGCAAUCCAGCAUACUCGUUGAAUUUUUUUACUGCAAAAAAAUUGAUAUAAAAUUUAAUAUAGUUUUUGCUCAAAUUCAAUUGAGUUUACCUUAUAAGGCCGUCCAAAUUGUUCGCGUUCCUAAAACAAUCUGAUAAAAACCUUGAAGUAAACUUUAAACGAUGGUUUUUUUUGCUUUUUCAUUUUUUUUUUCUACAGGAGACGUGCGAAAGAUCUACAUCCUACGAGUGGCCAGCUACAUCCUUGGGCUGAACAUAACGGAGGAUAAACUCAAAAAUACCCAGCCUUUGGACACCUUUUGUGAUACCAACACCAACUUGCUGGUUGUUGCGCGUACCGACCAGGUAUUUCAAAAGUGUUUCUAGUGAGAGUUUUUUUUUGUUACGCAGAAGGUGGAACUAUGGAAUCGAAUGCGACACGACGGGUCCAAGUCUCUGCGAGUGGUCUUCUACAAGACGCACUCGACGACGUUGUCCAAUGAGAACUACAAAAUGGUGGUCAACGUUAUUUCCAUUAAUGGUGCACUCAACCAAGUUUUCCUCAAGUCUGUCCAAAAUGUGAGGUCGCUUAUCACAACGCCGUCAUUAAUUUUCUCUUCAGGUUUUUGGAAAAGAGCUAUCGGAGCAGGCGGCCGCCAAUAAGCAGCUGGUAACAGCUGUCAAUGAGCUGGAAGAAAGUCUGCUGGCGACUGUCGAAAAUGGACAAAUCGAAGGCGAGUUUUUUUGCAGUUGAGAAAAUAUCAGAAGGAAAAUCGUUUAGGAUCAGGCUCACUUCAAGACGAGAUCAGGUCGUGGAAGAACAAGUCCGACAGCGCUGCCAGAGAGUACACGGAAGUUUUCAAAGACUUUCAAGUAUUACUCGACACUAUGCAGGUCCGAACCAAGCUUUGUAUUUGAAAAUAGAAAAAAAUUCCAGGAAAGAGACAUACACGAGCUGGCAGCCUUGGUUGAGUCGUUCGAAGACACCGCCGAUGAACUUUGGAACUGUCAAAAACCGUAUCCUCAGGCCAAAAUGAAAGUCCUCAUUGACGCGAUGGGUAAGUCAGAAGGAAAUAGUUUUAAAUUAUAUUUUUAUUCAGCUUCUUACCUUUGUGAUCAAAUAACUUCGAAAAAUAGAUGAAAAAACCAUUUGGAAAAGCGAAGAAGCGACUGAGCAACUUCGAGCAGGUUUGAACCCCUCUAGAUUUUUUCAUUAAAAGGGAAUGAUUGAGAUUCUUCAUUAGAAAACUUUUUCCAGAGCUGUUUUAAGGAAAGGAGAAAUAAGAGGUUGUUUCUAGUUGCGAGGAAUAUAAUUAAAUGUAUUUUCUUGAAGCUUAAAAACAAAGGGAAAAUUUUCUACAUAUCAUCAUUUUUUCACUGAAUGCUUCAUCCAAAAAGCUUUGAACUUCUAGCAAUCGACGUCUGCGAGCAGUUCGAACUGACAGUGUCGAUGUUGACGGCGCAGACUUGGAAGAGGAGUGUGGAGAAUCCGUGGGAAGGAGACGCAGUCCAUCUGAAGUUUCUCGAAGGCUUCCGAGGCAGACUUCAGGAGGUUCGAAGGGUCGAAAAAGCCAGAAGUUGAUUUCUUUCAGGUGCUGUCCUUGAAGUCGUUGGGUCCCCAGAUGGCGUCCUUGCUGGAAGAGAAGAACGUCGACGAAGAAGUCUCGAAGACUAUUGAAACGGCUCUUCGCGGAAUGUCCCCUCUGGCCUACAACCCAUUCACUCAGCCUAACUGGAAGUCUCGCGUUCUGGUUCCUUUAUAAUUAAGUAACAAGUUUGAAAUUUUGAAUAUUCCAGGUUGCCGAAAGGUCUAUAGAAGGCGUCAUUGACCGAACGCUGCCCGUUCUCAAACAACGCCUAACUCCGAGUGACGUCAACAACCAAAAUGUUUUUUCUUCUCUGACUAAUAUCACAUUUCUGUUACAAUUUCAGAUAGCCACGAGUCUCGAGAAGUACCGGAACUUUCUAUGUCGAGCCAACAUCAAAGAAAAACUCAGGACGGAAAGGUUGUGAAAAUGUUCGAAACCUCUAUUAAUUGCCUUCCAGAGAAACUUUGCUGUCGCGGCUAACUUCCAUGAUGAACACCAAAGACAGAGAGUUUCAAGAAAAGAUCAACAUGAUCGACGUCAGAAACUUCCAUUUUUUGACGGAAGUUGGAGCGAAAAUCGUCUGGAUUCGUCAGCAAAUCACGCAGGUGUCUCUUUAAGGAUAGAAUUGGGAAUAAUAAAAGUCGUUGAGCUGGAAAAUGUGAAGACGCUGAGCACGACAGUACUGAACGACCUCCCAACAUUCGAGACAUUUUCGAGGCGUUUGGACGAGUCGAUCGAAAAGUUGCACUACGCCGAACGGGAAAACUUUGACGAUUGGUAUUAUUUUUGUAGUUUCGAAUUGAAAUUACGAAUGCAGGUGCCGAGAUACGGUGCAAAUGAUCGACGAUCAGAACGACUCGAUAGCUUUGGAAACGACUGGGAAAAUCAUGGUUUUCGAGGAGGCCAACGGAGAACUCAACGUCAACUACAGCGACCGACUGCUGCGAUUAAUCAAAGAAGUCUGUUUUUCUCAGCGCGCAGAAAGAAACAUUCGCGACAGGUCCGACAGCUGACGUCACUCGGUCUGAAUGUGCCGUCGAAAAUCGUGAACUGUGCCAACAACGGCGAAAAGUACCAUCACUACGGAGUGACUUUGAAACAAAUCGCCCACUUCUACAACACCAUCGACCAACAGAUGCUGCCUUGUCAACAGGUAGCCGCGAAACUCGGAAAUGUCUUGAAGAGAGCUUCAGGCGCUGAUGCUUGAGGAAGCGAUAGCCUUCGAGAAGCUGGUGAUUCCUCGGAAGAACGAGGAGAGCGCGGCCUCGCGGGUCACUUGGGACAAUCCCAAGCAACUCGAGGAGUUCAUCAGACAGCUCCAAGCCGCCGAAGAGAAACUCGCUAAUCACAACAGGUUGAAAAACCUGUGUUGAGGAAUGUAUUGUCGUUUUGCCAGACGGCUGCGGAACGUUCACACGGAACUGACAGGCGAAGUGGCUAAACUGAUGGACCUGAACAUUGUGAAACAGAGCAGCGAGUGGAAGGAGAUCAUCGCCAAACUCAGGGGCAAGGUAAAGUAAUUUGACUCGCCUUAGAAAUUUUUUGCAUGGAGAAUGGCUCAAUUUGUAGGUUUACUAGACAUAAGAUUUGAAAAGACUUACAAGGAAUUAAUUUUUUGCGGUUUAAAGUUUCUGAAAGUUCUUAGGAACUCCAGAGUGUCCCCUAUAGGUUCAACCUUAGGGGCUCUUGGAGGGUCCUUUUUAGGGACUACUUUACCAACCCCUAUAAGGGCUAGUCGACAUUUUGUAUGUGCUUUAAGCGAAGAAGCAUUUCCAUGGGGAAAAAACUAAAUAAAUAAGCAAUCUUUUUGAAAUAAAGUUGAAAGACCCCGAAAGGGACUAUUUGAGCUUUAGGGGCUUAGAAGACAGACCCUAAACUCCUACAGGGACCACUUUUUCGACCCCUAUAGGGGUUGUAUGUUGACUCCAGGCCUGAUUUUGUGUUAAACGCAAAUUUUCGAAUAAACCCUUUUAAUGAUGACAGAUGAAAGAGGAGGAACUGGCCCACGGAUCUUCGCGGACCAACAUGCGGCCUUGGCUCAUCCACUGGGACCACCAACUCUACAAAGCUCUCAAAAUCCAAUACGAAUGGGGAAUUGAAAGUAUCCAGUCUCAGAUGGCGGCUAUCCAAGUGCAGCUUGUCUUCGCGUACGUUGUUUCCAUCCCAGGCCUACUGUAUUUUUUUACAGGGACCAGAGGAUCCAGUUGAGACCAGCAUUGGAAGAAAUCCGAUCCAAGUACUACAAAGAACUCACCAAGUUCUUGAGGAUUCCGGAGAAGUUCCGAGGAACGCAGGAAGACGAAGUGGUGAGUUUUGAAGUGGUUAUAUCCUUCAAGGGAAAUCAAAUUGAGGCUACUCGAUUUUACGGGCAAAUGAUCGACCGAAGCAUGCACUUGCUGCCGACAAUUUACGAAAAGGCCGAACAAUUGAUGGAGAAAAUCGCCACUGUUGACCAGCAAUUCGUGGUGAGACUUUCGAGGGAGAUUGCUGGAAAUUUCGGUAGAGUUCAGGAUUGGCUGGUGGUAGCCCAAGUCGAUCUGGAGGAGCUCAUCGAAGAGAAGCUGCACGACGCGGCCGAUUGGGAGGUCCAGUUCAAGCUUCUCAAGUCCAAGGCCAGGGAGGCAGAACGCUUACCAAAGUUUUUUUUUCAUUCCGUCUUCAUGUCUCGAUAUCCGUUAUAGCGAGCUGAAGCUGGAGUGUGUGGUUGUGAGCACGACGAACGUGAAAGGGGCGAUCGAAGAAGCCGUCCGAAGGGUUUUCGACACUCUUUCCUGGACCCUGAGGCACUCUAUCAGCACCACCUCGGCCACUAUAAAUGCCUUCCUGACCCAUGCCAUCGAGGUCCUUUCCUCGCGACCGCAGUCCAUCGACGAGAUCGCAGAAGCCAACGUGAAACACACUCAGUUUGCCGAAACCAACAAGAAGGUUUCUACCGAGAUGGAGGCAAGUCUACGCGGGUUUCAGUUAAAAGCCGAGUGGAAAACGAUGGAAGAACAGCACACCUUGCUGCGGUCGGUGGCCGGCAGCGGGGUCGAGCAAAUGGCUCAGCUCGAGCAGAUGUGGGAGCGCUUCGACCUCAUGUUGGACAGUCACCAGCUCAUGAUCAAAGACCAGGCACUUUUCCUCGUCAAUCAACGAAUCAUUCAACUUCUCAGGUCGACGUUCUUAAAACAAAUGUCGCUACCAACGUGAAGAGCCUUCAAGAUGAAGCUGAGAAACUGAAGGCUCGCUGGGAUCAGUUCAAGCCGAAAAGCGACGCUCUACAAGGAGACAGGUCUCACAAAAUAAUUUAAAAAAUUUAAUUCCGUAUGUAUUGAGUUUGAAAAUCGGAUUUGAUUUUUUUAAAAGAAUGAUAAGUGUUUCAAACAGAUCGGGAAAGAAAAAUUUGAGAGUUACUUAGGAAUCUAGAGUGGUCCCUACAGGGUUUAAGGGGAAAAACAGCCCCUAUAGGGGUCGAAAAGUGGUCCCUAUAGAGGUAAAAUCAGGGUGGUCCUGACUCCUUAGCUCCUAAAGCUCAAGUGGGUCCUAUAGAGGUCUCUCAAUUUCAUUGAAAACUCGCUUAUUUAUUCAAUUUUUCCCAUGGAAAUGCUUUUUCGCAUGGGGUUCAUAACAGUUAUCGACUAACAUUUCUCUAUAGGAGUUGGUAAAGUUGUCACUAGAGGGACCCCUCCAAGGGCCACUAAGGUUGCCCCUAUAGAGACCACUCUGAAGGUCCUAAGUAUGUGUUUCAAACGUGAAGCCCCUAUAGGGGUCCCUAAACAACAAACCCCUACAAGGUCCCCUCAGAAACUCCUGAGUUGAUCCAAAACGGCUUUUAGAUUUGAAAAAAAAAACUAUCACAAAAACUGAUCUCCAGAGUAGAUAUUUUCCUAGUUCAAUGUCAGCUGCGAGUUUUCAAACGAAAUAAAAGAAAUUUGAAAAAAAAAAGACCAGUAUCAUUUUCAAGAGAAGCCAUGCUGAACGCGAUAAAGUUCAUCAAGGAGAAGCGAGAACAGUGGCAGGAGCUGGUCAACAUGUUGGAGAAGCUAGAGUGAGAGAAAACCCGCGCAAAGUCGGCUGCAAACUGUGAUUCAGAAAAGAAUGCGCACAGUUCUCGCUGCCGCCGCCACAGGUCCCCCUUCUGGAAAGCAUCGACAACGAAAUCAAAGAUUUCGAAGACAACUGGCUCAUUUAUGAAACUUUCAACGAACAGCUCGAUGAACUUUCUCAAGAAGAGUGGAUCGUUUUUAGGUUUUCGUUUUGAUUUUAUUUUUAGAAGAAACAUUUUUUAGAGGGAAGACUUACCUCUUUGAUGAGUUCCUUCAAAAAUGGAUGGAAAAACUGAAAACUUCUUCUCAUACACAUAUGAGCGUUCGCUUGAUGAAGGAUGUGGAACAGUUUAAGGUUAAAAUAUUAUUUUAUUCUUUUUUUCCAAAGAGAAUUUAUAGGAAUUGAGCGGUUGUCUGAAGUUUUGCCGAGGAGAUGUUCUGAGCGCAGACCAUUGGCUCGAGAUGUUCCGUUUAUUGGGACUUCCCAGGUUUGAGAAUCUUUUUUUUUAACAUCAAGGUUUGAUUUAAGGACCGCAAAGCAGUAUUUAUCAAUUUUUUAAAAAUUUCAUUCGAUCGCUUCGAUUUUGUUAUCAUCUUGUAGCUGAUGCUCCUCACUAGAAAACCCCAAAAAAAAUCUCGAAAGGAGAAAUUUUUCAAAAAAAUGAUUUUUUUCAUUUUUUUCCUUUUUUUCGUAUAUAUGUGUUCUAAAAAGUCGAAAAAAAUCAAAAAAACAUUGCUGAAAAAAACGUUGCUGAAAAAAACGCGAGUUUCAGAAAAAAAUUCCGUUCCAGAGGGUUUUUGCGUUUUUGAGUAGGAUUUCAGAUUCUAUAUCAUAAAUUAUGUCUUAUCGGAUCCUUUUUUCGUUUAUGAAGGAAAUCGCGCGCGAAGUAGAAAAGAAAAAUACAAAUGUACUGAGCAAAAAAACGUUCGCAGCAAGUGGGCGGAGCCUCGCGGUCCCUAGUUUAAUCCAUUCCAUCAUUGACCUUAUAACCAACCUUAUUAUCAUCAUCAUCAUUCAUUUUAAUUUUUCAGAGGAACCACCAUUGAAAAGUUGAAGUUUGCCGACCUUUUAUCGGUCUCGAGGAACAUCUUAGAUAACUUGGAUCAACUGAAAGCCCUGAAUUCGAGAGCCCAAGGCGAAGUUUCCAUCAGGGAAGCGAUUCAAGAGCUGACUCUAUGGGCUGCUCAGGUUGAUCGAAACUUGGUUUUUCAAAAACGAGUCUUUUAAUGAUAGGCGGAGUUUUCACUGACCGACUACAAGCAUUCCAGUGGAACUGCCAUGAAAGUGAUCAAGGAUUGGAAGGAGGCCAUCAAUUCAGUUUUUCUCCAUUCAGAUUGAAUAUUUUUAAUGCGAAGGAUUCAGGUGAAAGACAGUCAAGCGCUGCUUCAGUCCCUCAAGUCUUCGCCCUAUUAUUCGCAGUUCACAGACAAAACGGCUGUUUGGGAGACUCGGUAAUGAACCAAAGCUAGAAACGGGUGCUACGACAAGAACAAGUUUUCCAUUUGCUGGGAGUACUGUAUGCAGAAAUGCGCAUUGAGUGCAUACACUUUGCGUGUUUACACAUUUGCAUUGUUCUCGAGGAUAUUGGCACGAUAAAAAACAGUAAUUGCCGAUAUCGCAGCGGGCCGCACGCGAUCUCGUCAACAUGUCGCUGCGACCUCGUCAAAGUCUCGCUGCCAUAUCGCUCCCUCUCAUAAAUUUGAAAUUUGAAAAACAUUUUUUUUGCUUUAUUUUUGACUUUCAUGAUGAAAUCAAUCAAAUUCAAAAAAAAAACAUUUUUGAAGAAAAAAAUUUUUCAGAGAGCGAUAUAGCGCAAGACGUUUGCGAGGUCGCAGCGAGAGGCGAGCGAUAUCGCUCGCGGCUCCCCCGCGGUAUAGCGUUACUCUCGCUGCGAUAUAGUCCACAAAAUUGGGUGUGUCCUACCCGAUGACGUCACGCAACGAAAGUGUAAACACGCAAAGUGUAUGCACGCAAUGCGCAUAUCCGCAUACAGUACUCCUCGCAAAUGGAAAACUCGCUCUUGUCGUAGCACCGGGAAAGGCGUUUCUUCUAAACCAAAUCAAUUACCUGUUAGAAAGUUAGGACGCUAGAUUAAAGUUAUUAGAACAAAAAAGACCUUCUGCACCUUAAAAUGCACUAAAAAGGAAUUUUUUUUUCUGUGACUUUUAUCUUCCAAACGCUCCUAGAUUCGCUAUCAAAAAAAAAUUGUAUCACAACCCUGAUUCUCAAUAUAAAAUUUAUCAAGAUUGGCUGACCUGGACGUGUUUCUGGCGCAAAUGAACGAGAUCCAACGCAAAUGGAUCUACCUGGAGCCGAUUUUCGGAAGAGGAGCUUUGCCUUCCGAAGCGAGUCGCUUUGCCAGAGUCGAUUCUGAGUACCGUGGCAUUCUCAACGGUGAAUAGGUCCCCCUCUCGUAUAAAGAUCAUUUCUCAGACGUGGCCCGGGAUCCCCGUUUGGCCUCCUUGUGCAACCGCCAAUCGCUGAAAAAGACUCUCGAGCAAAUCGUCGACCAGCUCAACCGAUGCCAAAAGGCCCUCAACCAAUUUUUGGAAGUUCAUUCUUCUAAUCAUUCUCAAUUCAACCAUACACUGAAUCCAGCAAAAACGGAGCGCUUUUCCUCGCUUUUAUUUCGUCGGAGAUGACGAUUUGCUGGAAAUUCUGGGCCAAUCCACCAACGCCGUCGUCAUUCAGACUCACAUGAAGAAACUUUUUCAAGUACGUGUGAAUCGGAUUUUCUCAUUUCAACGAUUUGGCAGGGUAUAAAUAAAGUGAUAUUUUCUUCCAACAACGAGUCGAUCACGGCGAUCGUCUCAGCGGAAGAAGAAGUAGUCCCGCUUUCGAGGCCUGUCCAGAUCGUAGCCCAAGUGGAGGUCCGAAAUCGGUCAAGUUUCGUCCAAUCAAAAUGCUUGUUUCAGAUUUGGCUCCAACAACUGUCCGAUGAGAUGAGGAGGACGAUCAAGAGUCUGUGCGUCCAGGCGUGUUCCGAAGCCAGCCCGAGUCUUGCAAAAUAUCCUUCCCAAGUCCUUUGCUUGGCUGAAGAAAUCCGCUUCUGCACGAACAUCGAACAGGUAUUUCUCACUUGGUGCCCUCUCUUACCUCUAUCACAAUCUCGUGUUUGUGUGCUUCUUUGACUUCUGAGAGAGAAGAGACGCAGAAGAGUCAGAUCUCUCCAGUCACAUAACUUCUUGAGAGACAUUUGUCUUUCAGAUCCUCGAAGGCUCGAAAAAUCUUGGAAGUUUCAAGUCGCAGUUACAAGAGCAGCUCAAGACGUACACGAGUAGAAAAGACGACGAUGCGGUCAUCGAAUUGAAGUUGAAGGCUUUGAUUUUGGACUUGAUCCAUCGGAUCGACGUUGUCGAUCAGUUAGUUGGAAACAAAGCGAGGUGAUUUUUUUGUUCAAAAAGGCUUUAUGGCGAAAAAAAAAAAUUGAAUAGGAAGACAAAGUAAUUUCAGAAAAAGUUUCUAGUUCGUUUUUGAACGUUAUCCAUUCCGUUAUGGAUCGGUUUGAGACAAGAAUUCGGAAAAAUACAGAUUUUUUGAUUUUUUGAGCUUUUGCUUACAGCUCGACGUCGUGCUGGACCUGGCAACGUCAACUCCGAUUUUAUCUUGUCAAUGACCAAGUCGUCGUCAGGCAAGUCUACAGCGAGUUUGAGUACACCUACGAAUAUCAAGUUUUCAAAGAGUCUCUCAUUUCCUUUUCCAUUUUUCGUUUUGAGGGUAACUACGCCAAGUUGGUUCACACUCCCUUGACAGACAAGUGCUAUUUGACUCUGACUCAAGGUGACAUUUCCAUACAACGGUAGAUAUUCGAAAUUUCAGCAAUGUACAUGGGUUUGGGUGGCAAUCCGUACGGACCUGCUGGAACAGGAAAAACGGAAUCGGUGAAGGUUUGUGGGGAUUUUUCAGAGCCUUAGGAACUCUAGAGUGGUCCCUACAGGGGCAACCUUAGGGGCCAUUGAAGGAUUCCCUCUAGGGACCACUAUACCAACCCCUACAGGGGCCACUAAAGCUUGCAAAAGUGGUCCCUAUAAGGUUUUUAGUUAGUAGCCCCUUUAGGGGACAUGCUAGUCGAUAAUUUUUAUGAACUAUAUAUGUACGAAGAAGCAUUUCCGUGAGAAGUCCCCUAUAGGGCCCACUUGAACUUAGGGGGGUUGAGGUCGAACCCUACACCCCUAUAGGGUCCGCCUUGAUUUUUUUCUUCUGUAGGGACCACUUUUUCGGCCUCUAGAAAUUUUUUCUUCUCUAACCCCUAUAGAAGUCACUCUGGAAUUCCGAAGAAUCUUUUUUUUAAAAGUUUUUCACAGAUCCGAGAGGGAUUAUUUAUUUCUUAGCAAAAAUCUAAAUUCCAUUUUUUUUUCUUGAUACAUUUCUCCUCUCAAAAUUGUAUUUUCGAAACCUUUUCCAGGCUCUCUCUGCUCUUAUGGGUCGGCAAGUCCUCGUAUUCAACUGUGACGAAGGAAUCGACGUCCAUUCCAUGUCGCGAAUCUUCACCGGAAUCGUCGAAUGCGGCGCCUGGGGCUGCUUCGACGAGUUCAACCGACUUGAUUCGGUUUGCGACUCUCUGUAUUGAUUAUUGAAGAAGAACUUACAGACGGUUCUGUCCGCCGUUUCGAUGCAGAUCCAGACUAUUCAAGGCGCAAUCAAAUCGCGCGUCGGUUCCUGUGUCUUCGCCAACAAAACUGUAUCCCCUCCAGUCUUCCUCAUUUUCGUCGUUCUCCAACAUUUCAGGUGCAAGUCAACCCGAACUCGGCCAUUUUCAUCACGCUGAACCCAGCUGGAAAGGGCUACGGAGGCCGUCAGAAAAUGCCGGACAAUCUGAAGCAGCUUUUCCGCGCCGUCGUAAUGGGCGUGCCAGACAACGAGCUCAUCGCCGAGACGAUUCUUUACUCGGAAGGCUUCACCGAAGCCAAUGUUUUGGCGAGAAAAAUCGUGGCCGUCUUCAAGUUGAGCAAGUCAGGAGGCCAAAGGGUACUAAGAUUAAAAAGCGAUUUCUAGAGAAAUGCUCUCAAAACAACAGCAUUACGACUGGGGCCUUCGAGCCCUCAAAACGGUGCUCCGCGGCUGUGGAGCCCUCCGAAGGAGCAGCCCGCAGAAGUCGGAAACGGAUGUCGUCGUGCAGGUUAGUGAUACAUACAAUUAUAGAAUUUUUCAGCUUACAGGAAAGCGAUUUCGUGCACGCUUUUAGAAUGGUUUAUUAUAGAAAGUAGUCAGGAACUCCGGAGUGGUCCCUAGAGGGGCAACCUUAAAGACGGCUUCAUGAAUCCCUAUAGGGGCCACUAAAGUUUGCAAAAGUGGUCUUGGUUCCUAACUGAAUAAAUAAGCAUUUUUGAGUAAAAACUGAUAGACCCCUAUAGGGACCACCUUGCUUUAUCCCUAUACGGACCACUUUUUCGGCCACUAUAGAGGUUGUUUCUCCCCUUAACCCCUAUAGGGACCACUCUGAAAUUCCUAAGGUAAAUUGCGUGUGACACUUGCAAGAUCUUCAGUGCAGCCGAAUUUCAGAAGUUUUCAAAUAACAAAAUUAGCUCAACACCGGAUUCAGAACAACUUUUCAGGCGUUGUUGUUGAACACCUUGUCAAAACUGACUUUCUCCGACUCCAAGCGGUUUUCCAGUCUCAUUGACGACAUUUUCUCCUCUGUCGAUAAGCAAAUGGCCAAGGUGAACUACUGUUGAAGGCUCCAAUUUUUUAACAAAUUUUGCAGUUUGGAGAUCUCAUCGAACCGUUGGCUCAAGCGGCCAAAGAAAUGAACAUCGAAAUCUCUGACAAACAGGCAAUUCGAAAUUUCUGUUCUCUCUGGAUUUCUAGAUUUUCAGUACGACAAGGUUUUCCAACUGUACGAACAGUUGCGUCAAAGAAUGGGCGUCGUUGUCGUGGGGGCUUCUGGAAGCGGGAAGACGACCAUCUGGAGGGUUCUGCAGAGGGCCCUUCUCAUCCUCAAGACUCCCCUGCAAGUGAUCGCCUUCAAUCCGAAAGCCGUCGCUCGUAAUAAGGUGAAUAACCAGUCCAGAAAAGUGGUUAUGGAGAGUUUUUAGCGAAUAGUAUAUAGAGCAGAGCUGAUUAACGGCUAGCUUGAGCCAUCGAAAAAAGGGUCCUGACGCGAUAAUACGUGAGACAGUGCCUGGCUUGUGGGGAGCGCAGACAGGCCACGCCCCUUUACCAUCUCAAGCUAGCCGUGAAUCAGUUAUAGUCAGUUCAGAUUUUGAAUGUCAAGUAGAAUGACGUCAUUCGAAAACGCUCUGUGGAUGGCUCGCUCUCUGAUUGGUUUAUAGCGCCAUUAGGAGGCGGAGCUUGAGGGAGGACUUGACAUUUGAAAUCUGAACACACUAUACACAUAUAUCAAAAACACGUAACAGAGACUAUACACAUAUAUCAAAAACACGUAAUUUAAAGCUCCUCGGCCACAUGGACGUCGACACCCGCGAGUGGUCGGACGGAAUCUUGACGAUGGCCGCGCGUGACGUCAUCAAAGACACUUCGGUCCACCGCUGGAUCGUCUGCGACGGAGACAUCGAUCCAGAAUGGGUGGAGGCUCUCAACUCGGUGCUCGACGACAACCGACUGGUCGGUCCACCUCUUCUGAACCCUCACCUCUUCUAUUUCAGCUGACCAUGCCUUCUGGAGAGCGUAUCCAGUUCGGGAGCAACGUCAACUUCAUAUUUGAGACGGACUCUCUCAAGUUCGCCUCCCCGGCUACAGUCUCUCGGAUGGGAAUGAUCUACAUAAGUGAGGAAGAUGUCUCGCCCGAACAGAUCGUGUCCGCCUGGCUUCGGAGCAACAAGGACGAGAUGCACGCCGAUAUGGCUAGCUGGAUCGAAAACUUCUUUUUCAAGUCAGUUGGAGGUUUUUUUCUGACUUAGAAUUGAUCUUUGAAGAAGCUUCAAGUGGGCGAGAAGCAAUGCGAUUCCAGAAGUAACGUCUUACGCCAUUCUGAAGAACGGAUUGACUCAUUUGAAGUGAGUUCCAUUAUACUAGUAACAUUGAAACGCUACAAAAAUGGGUUAAAACUGUAUUUUUCGUAAUUGAUUAUAGUCUGUGUGCCACGAUUUGAAAUUUCACCAAACGACAUUCCGCUCUUCCGCUGCGUCGCGAAGCGUCUUUGCGAGCCUCGGUCUCGCUUUGAAUUGGUUAUAAUUUCUGAUAGAUGAACUGUUCCACUAGGAAAACGUUUUGGUUGAGUUCUUGUAUAAAAUGAAAAAUUAAAGGCAGCGGAACAGCGGAAUGUCGUUCGGUAAAAUUCCAAGUCGUGGCACAGACUAUAAUAUCCUAACUUCUAUAUAUGAGUUUCUGGUUCCUUUCACAGUGUUCAGAAAAAAGUUUUUUUUCCUCUAAAAUGUAAAUCGCGGAUUGAAAUUACACGAUAUUCAUUCAAGAAGCAAAGUCGUAGUGGUGGAUAAUGGGCGCUAAAAGGGAGAGGCUCGAAAAAGGCCGGAAAAAGGCAGCAAAAAAAGCCCCUUCCAUUUUUUCUGGGAUUUUAAAGGCUCAAGAAAUGUUGAAAAAAGGGAGAGGCAGCAAAAAUGGGACAUAAUAGCCAAUGAAAGGGCGCAAAACGUUUUUCAAAGUAUUUUCAGAAACGCCAAAGCGAAACUUCAUUUCCAACUGCUGCUUUACACGGGCCUCGCUCCAAUGGUUCUCGAAGAAAAACGACAAGAACUCGCGAAGACCGUCAUCUUUCAAGGUGCAAAUACCCUGAAAUGAUUAGCAACUAGAAAAAUAGGCGUGACUCUUCCCGACUCUCAAAACCCUCAAAACAUCUACUACGACGAUCGGCUGGACACGCUGAUGAGCUUCACGGACGAUACUUCCCAGGAUAUCCGCAAAGAAGACGUCGAGAGAGAAGAAUUCAGGCCGUUCGUCCUCACCGCCGACGCGCAAAGAUAUCGAGAUCUAGUUGAAAUUUUGGACAGAUUCAAGAUAGGAGCUUUUUCUUUACAGGUGCAAUCGUGGCUGACCAACGGAAAUCGUGCAAGCUUUCAUCCUUUCGGGGCCUGACGGCUGCGGAAAGCAACAGCUUCUGAAGCACUGUUUCCAGCAGGAUCCCGACAGUCAGAUGGCCACCGUCUACUGCUCGGCCCAGUCGAAGUAAGGAUAUCAAAGUCGACAGAAUGAUGACCUUGUUCUAGCUCUUCUCAUUUGCUGCAUGUCCUUCAGCAGAACUGCUUCCAAGCCAGCAACCCUCAAGGAAGGUCAUUUCCAUUGUCAAAACGACGUUCCUUCUAACAAGAUUUUAUUCCAGAGUCCUGAGACCCAAAGAGAAGACGAAUCUGAUAUUCUUCUUGAAAAGUAUUCACUUACCAGCUGCCGAUAAGGUUUUUUCAUUUAACCCGACUCUGAAACAUAUCAAUCCCAGUAUGGAACCAACGAACUUCUGGCCUUUCUGGAGCAACUUCUGGCCUACCAAGGAUUCUACGACCACAACCUGGAAUGGAUUUCAAUUGAGAACAUUCAGUUUGUCGGUUCCAUGCCAGCCAUGACCGAAGGCACUAAGAGUUUACCGGCGAGGUAUCAGGAGCACUUAUAGUCACGACUUGAAAUUUCACCGUACGACAUUCCGCUGGUUCGCAAAGCCGCACAGCAGAAUGUCGUUUGGUGAAAUUCCAAGUCUUGGUUGAAAAUAUCCAUCUUUUUCUCAGACUCAUGUCUUUGAUGCGGUGCGCAAGCUUCGGAAACUCGAACGAAACUCAGCUCACCACAAUCUAUUCGGCGUUUUUGACACCCAUCUUAGAGGUUCAGUGGUUUAUCACUGCGUUGAAAUUUCGAAAUAAACCUUCUUCGAGUCUAUUCAUUUUUAGUUACUGCAGCUUUAUUAACACGCUGUCUCUGUAAUUUUCAGAAAAUUCCAAAAGCAACCGGUACAAGAAAAAAAUUUUUUUUUGAUUUUGAUGAAAUCCAGUGUGAUAGCCAAUCAUCAGAAAUGCGGAUCCAACUUUAGCAGGGUUACGGCAGGCGGGUGGGCACCUGAGUAUCUAAGUAUAGAAAUUUCACUAGGCAAGUGAUAUAUCAAUCGAUAGGUAUUGCAAUUUUAGGAAUUUUUUCAGUACAUACCAACUUGGGUUACUGUAGAAAAAUUUCGAGAUACGGUACUUUAUGUGUUUGUGGAUUUAGUUUUUUGGUCGCCCAGAGCUCGAGCCCGGGGGUCCUUUCUUCUCCGCUCCUCAAAAGAUACCUUUUGAAAAGCUCUACAAGCUGAUACCAGUUUGAUGGAAUUCUAGGAUGGUCUUCAUUUCGCAAAACCGCUCAGACAGCGCGCAAUCGUGGUCUUGCGGAUGGCUUUCACGACGCCUGACGGCUCGUUCCUCGGCGAUCUGUUUCAAAUUGCAUCAAAAUCAAAAAAAUUUUUUUUCUUGUGCUUGUUGUUUUUGAGAAUUACAGCUUCUUACUAAAAUCCUGAUUAUCACAGUGGUUUUUACCGACCACUGAGUCAAUAAAAUCAUAGCUAUAGUGAAAUUCUUUUAGACUUGUAAAGAACUGAAACCUUAGACCUGUCAAACUCCUCAAUCGAAGAAUAUUAGGUAUUUUAAAGGUCUCAGGCUUCACCAAAUUGAUUGAGCCAUACAGAAAGUUCGACUGAAAAAUAUUUUUCCUUUAUUAAAAAAUAGAUUCUUUUUAUUUGUUAUGAACUUUUCCCAGCCUCUGGAAGCCGGAUCGAGAGCCGAAGUCAUUGCCAGCCGAAUGGUAGAUAUUUACCUGAAAGUAAGGGCCAACUUCCGACCGGCGGACAACGUCUGCUACUCGUUUUCGCCUCGAGACCUCACCAACCUAGUUCUUUCGCUGUUGCGACAUGACGCCACCGAUGCUACACUCGACGUCAUCAUCGCUUUCGAAGCCAGGAGGAUUUUUUGUGAUCGGUUGGAGCUUUUUUUCUCUGAGGACUUCUUUUUUAGAAUAGUACAAUGAUUUCUGUGUUAAGAAUUGCGUUCAGACUGACUAGUGAUGCACACAAGCAAAAGUUUGAAGACAUACUCCGAGACGUCGUUCCAAACUCUAAAGGUAAGAGAGGGCCACAAAAAGAGAGAUUUUUUAAUGAUAAAACAUUUUAAGAAAAGUUAUUUGUGAGCACUGGGACCGUGGUAAAAGGGGAGAGCAACGUCGGCCUGCCACUAUCGGAGAUGAACGUGGAUGGAUUCAUGUCAAUCUUGCACAAAUCCGUCAACCGCUUCGGUUCUUUUAAACUUUAUCUCCCAUUAAGUUCCUUCUUCGUCAGAAUUCGAAGUGGCCAACUUCGCGUCGAUGCUGACCGAGCAGUUCAGUCUCCUCUGCGCCUACGUCGACCGCUCGCUGACGUCUCCCGGAGGAAAUCUGCUGCUAGCUGGAAGGCCAGGGGUCGGAAGACGCGACGCCAUCCGUCUCGUCGCCCACAUGCAUCAACUGUCCCUAUUCUCUCCCGCCGUCACUCCCAACUUUGGGCCCAAACACUUUGACAACGAGUUGAAAAAUGUGAAGAGAGGUCUUUUUGACAGAAAUACGAAACAUUUAAGGCUAUUACAACGGCGGUGACGAAUGGAGAACACGUGGUUCUGCUGCUCGAAGACCAUCAAAUGCGUCAAUCGGUCUUCCUGCAAUCCAUCAACUCGCUUCUGGCCAGUGGAAACGUUCCGGGACUUUUCAAUCAACAGGAAACGGAUGGCUUGGCGGCGAUCGUGAGUGAAGCGGCGAGUCAAGCUGCUUUCAGUGGACAUCUUCAUCAGUUCCUGGCCCAUAGUUACGGCUAUCACCCCUGCUUGAUUCGACGAACUUUCUUUAGGAAUCCGAAGCUUAGUUCACGUCGUUUUGAUAUUCGACGUCGAUUCAGACGACUUCACAGCCAACAUCGCUCAGAAUCCUUCCAUUCUGAAGCACUGCAAUAUAAUAUUCUCUGAUAGACUUGAACGCAAAUCGUUGACCGAGGUUUCAAUAGGUUUUCUAAUCUUUAAAAUGCUUUUUCUAGAUACCUGCUCUUCUACUCGCCAAGAACAAGAUAGAAGUUUCUGACAGCAUCAUCGGCGGCUUCGGCGACACGAUCUCGGCCUUACCACAGAACUUGGCUCUGCCCAUGAAAUUCCGACAGUUUGUCGAGAACUUCGCAGACAUUUACAACGAGAAGAAAACGGCCGUUUCUGCCCGAUUGCAGCGUCUUGAAGUCAUUUUCUUCGUCAUUAGGAAAGAAAAAUCUGUUUCAGGGAGGUGUGUCCAAACUGAACGAGGCUCGCGAGGAAGUGGCGAAGAUGCAGAAGAAGGCGGCGAAAAAGAGCAAACUUUUGGCGGAGAAGCAGGCAGAAGCUGAUGAGGCCCUCAAGGCCAUCACCGAGAGCAUGACGGUUUUUCUUAUUUUUAUUUCUUAAGAAAAAUUAAUUUUAAGGGGGCAGAGGACCAGAAAACGUCAAUGGAACAGUUGAAAAUCGACCGAGAGAAGGAAAAUGUCCGUAUUGCUGAGCAGAAGGUGAUCAUCGACGAGCAACUGAAAGAAGUCGAGCCUAUGCUGCGAGUUCGUUAUCUCUGUCUGUUGAGACCCAAAGUGAUCAUUCAGGAAGCUCGAGAAGCCGUGGGGUCCAUCAAAUCGGAGUCUUUGAGUGAGAUCCGAAGUCUCCGCGCGCCUCCCGAGUCCAUUCGGGACAUCUUACAGGCCGUUCUUCUGUUCAUGGGCAUUCUCGACACUUCCUGGGAAGCUAUGCGAAAGUAUCCAAACAUUUCCGCCGUCACAAAAAUCUCGCGUUGAAGGUUCUUGUCGAAGAGCGGCGUCAAAGACGACAUAAUCAACUUUGACGCGCAUCGGAUCACGAGCGAUGUUCACAAGAAAGUCUCCGCCUUGGUCAAAGCCAAAGCGGCUUCGUUCGACUCAAAGGCAAGGGAUAUUGUAGGAAAUUGAGUCUGACUACUCAAAACUAAUGUAGUGAAUAAAAUUUCCACCUCGAAAAAGUGCGAAAUAGAGUUCAAAGGCCAUUUUCGCUAACAUACUUCAGAGAGGUCCCUAUAGGGGCAACCUUAGGGGCCCUUGAAAGGUUCCUUCAGGGACCACUACUAACCCCUAUAAGCUAUAGGGCCAUAAAAUCUGGCAAAAGACGGGUUUUAGUUAGUGGCCCUUAUAGGAAGCAGGUCAGUCUAUUAUGAAGAAUCAUUUCCAUGGGAAAAACUGAAUAAAUAAGGGAUUUUUGAAUGAAAUUGAAAGACCCCUAUAGGGACAGCUUGAGCUUUAGGGACUCAGUGAUCAGACCUAAACUCCUAUAGGGGCCACUAUCUCGGCCCCUGUAGUAGUUUUUCUUAUCUCUCACCCCUAUAGGGACCACUCUGCAGUUCCUAAGUAUUUUUUAAAUGACUGCUUUUCUUACUUUGUUUUCUUGGUUUUUCUGGAAAGUUUCUGUUUGUAUUCAAUCAAUUUUUGAUGAAUUUUCGAUAAAUGUUGGGAAUUUUCUACAUAUCACCUGUGUCUCUUAUAGACCAUAUUCAACUUAUCAAAAAAAAAACCCCCCAAAGUUUUCAGAAUGCGAAAAGAGCCUCCGUGGCCGCAGCGCCAUUGGCCGCUUGGGUCCUGGCGAAUCUUCAAUAUUCUCAAAUUUUGGAGAAAAUCUCACCUUUGGAAAAUGAAAAGAACAAGCUUCUCAAGUAUGAAACGAAUUUUUGCGUAUGGGAUUAUAGAUGUUUUUAGGAAUCUGGCAAAGGCCGAAAAACAGAUGGAAAGUCUCUCUAAAGGUCUCCAAUCGGUCGAUGAAACAGUGGCAGAGCUGAAGAAGAAGAUUCGAAGUUUUGAUGAAAGAAGCGACUCAAAUCAAGAUCGACCUCGACAAAGAGCAGGUGAGAGUCUUUCGACUCAUUUAUUAUUAUUUUAUGACCCCAGGAAACGAUUCGCAUAGCGGGAACGCUUGUCGAAAGCCUUUCCGGAGAGUUUGCGCGAUGGCAACAACAAAUGGGGGUUCUCAGUGAAGAGCUCAAACAGGUUAUUUCACAAUGAAAAUCUUUAGAAACGCGCUGUUUCUUCAUUAUUUCCCAUUAUUCAUAGGCAAAGUCGGAAAGGGUGGAAAAAGGCCCCAUAAAAAUGUUCCUCUUUUGCUGCCUUUUUGCGUCAUUUCUUGGGCUUUCAUGCACCAUUUUUGCUGCCUCUUCCUUUUUCCACCAUUUAAUUCUCGAGCCUUCAGAAAAAAUGGAAGGCUCAAUAAAAAGACUCUCUGCUGCCUUUUUUGAACCUCUCUCACGUCGUUCUUUUGACGACGCCUCGCGCACAAUUUCCGUAAUAUUUGACGUCUUUGGUGCAUACACAGAACGACACAAUUUUUUGUAAUAUUUGACGUUUUUGGUGCAUACACAGAACGACGCAAACUCGCAUACGCAUUAAAUUCGAAAAAAAAUUGUUUUUCUUCAAAAAAAUAAUUUUCAUACACGUUUUGAAAAUCUCAACUUUCAAAGUUUUCAAAAGCUUUCAAAUAUUCGGAAUUGUAGUUUCUUUUUUUCAGAAAUGCUUUUGAAUGAAGAAAAAAAUAAAUUUGACUAAAGUGCUUUUUCUAAAAAUUUUUAAAUGAAUCCAGACCAUUUGGAGAACUUCCAAAAACCGAAAAAAGUUUAGGUAGAAAAAUGUGCGAUAAUAACAUCGGCAUUUGUGACCUACUUGGGGUCGUGCUCGGAAAAGCAAAGGACCGCCGUCCUCAAAGACAUUUGCUCCCUUUUCGGCAUUCCUACCUUCAGUCCUCUUGCUUUCGCGUCUCUCGAAACUGAACAGGUCUGCUUUAGCUUGGACGUUUGAAACAACAAAAAGGUUCCAGCUUAAUUGGAAAACCAAAGGACUUCCUUCUGACGUGCUGUCGAUGGAGAACGCCAUGAUUCUGUUCAACACCGUGCAUGUUCCAUUGGUCAUCGACCCCUCAGGUAGUUUAUGGACGGAGUUAAGAAUCAAGCCAAUAAGUUUCAGGUCAAGUUUCGGCUUUCCUAAACAAAUACAUCGAGAAGUCUGAACUUCUGAAAGCGGCUCAAAACGAUCUGAUGACUAAGGUGUCUUCAAUCCACCUGUAUCCGAAUGUUUUCCUUCAGAUUGAGCUAGCGAUUCGGUUCGGGAAAACCAUUAUUGUUGAUGAUCUCGUCGACUUUGACGCCACCUUGCUGCCAAUUUUGCGAAAAGAUUGCUCUUCUCAGGGACCUCGACAGGUCUGUAUCCUUCACCUUUCCAAGAAAAAAUUGGAUUUUUGUAGGUGAUCAGCUUCGCCGGCAAACAAAUCGACUACAAUCCGGAGUUCCGGCUGUUUCUCUGUACUCGCAAUGACCAAGUCCGUCUCCGGUCGAACGUCAGUUCCCUCCUCUGCCACGUCAAUUUCACCACCACCGCCAGCGCUCUCUCAGCACAGGUUCUGUUUUUUUUUUUUUGAUUUCAUCAAUUCUUAGGAACUCCAGAGUGGCCCCUAUAGGGAUAACCUUAGUGGAUCUCGGAGGGUCCCCUAGAGGGACCACUUUACCAAUCCUAUAGAGACCACAGGGGCUAGUGGUCAGGCCCUGAUCCCCCAUAGGGAUCACCUUGAUUUUACCCCUCGCGUUUAUCUCGGCAGUUAUUCUUAGUGUCCCCCUCCCCUCCCCCGCAGGGACUACUUUCUUUUUCGGCCACUCCAGGGCUUGUCCACUAAGAAUAACUGACGAGAUAAACGCGAGGUCGGUGGCGGUACAUUGACUAACUCGCAAAAAUGUCGCUUUUUUCUCGGCGCGACCUCGCAUUUAUCUUGCAUUUCGGAAAUUUUCAAAUUGCCAGAGAAAUGCGAGCUCGCGCCUAGAAAAGUGCGAGCUGGCGCCCAGAAAAAAAAAGGCGCGAGAAAAAAAGCGAGAUGUUUGCGAGCUCGUCAAUGUACCGCCAGUGUCUCGCGUUUAUCUCGGCAGUUAUUCUUAGUGUCCCCCCGUUCUCUCAACCCCUAAAGGGACCACUCUGGAAUUCCUAAGUUUGAACGAAAAAUAAGCGUGUCAAUAAUUCCAGCUCCUCGGAGCUGCUAUGCGCCUGGAAAAACCGGAGCUCGAAGGAAGGUCAAGCGAGCUUUUGAGAGACGCCGAGAGCAAGAGACUUGAGCUGGAGAAGCUCGAACAACUACUCCUUCAGGUAAAGCUGUCGUCUUCAUGAACUAUGAGAGUUGAGAGCUUCUAGCAAUUGGCCUCGUCGCAAGGCAAUCUUCUGGAGAACUCGGAGCUGCUCGCUUCGCUCAACAAGUCGAAGGAAAACGCUGAGACAAUCAGCAAGAGCAUCGAGGAGAGCGAACAACUCCACAAGCAACUCUCGGCGGUGAUUUUCUGGGCCCUUCUAGACAAUUGGAAUCGUUCUUCAGCAAAAAGACAACUACAUUCCGCUGUCGACCUUCGGAUCCGCCCUAUUUUUCUCUUUUUCGCAGUUGCACUUCCACAACCAGAUGUACAACUACAGCGUCAACACCAUUUUGAAGCUUUUCGAGACUACCAUCAGAGAUUGCAAGGUGAUUCGGAAGACUAGAAGGUCGAAGUUUGGAGAAGACGGUUUUUUGGCGUUUUUAUAAUGGAAAAAAAAUCUAACUAGUAAACUAAAAAUGAAAAAUCGGUUUCUCAUUCAAAAAAAAAAAACGAAAUUUUUUCCUGUUGCUGUGUUCAAAGCGAUUAUGCGAAAUUUAAAAUAGCCGCCAGAAAAUGAAAAAUAUAACUGAACUUCGAAAAUUUUGAAUUUCGCGAAAAUUACUUUGAACACGGCAUGUGCGAGAGCGCCGCAGUGCAUGCACGCUACACACUAUACUUGACGGUAAAAACAGGCGGGGUGAGGGCAAAAAAAGAAACGUGGGGUUAUUGAUUUCAGAUGAAAAUUAUAAGAAAAAAUUAUAGAUGCACUGAAAUUUUUUUCGUAAAAUAUGAAAUAAUGCGCACUUUUUAUAAUCGUGGAUUGAAAGAUUGAAGUGAAUUCAAAUUAGAGCUUGAAAAAAAUAUUAAACUUUGCUUUUUAAUAUUGUCGAAAGUUUUUUUUUCAAAUAACUCCCAAAAUUUACACUAAAUGUUGAAUUUGAAAAUAAAUGAAAAAGUUGGAAAAACGUGACAUGAAAAUCCUUAAAAAGCAACCUUAAAUUUCAACAUCAAUUUCUCAUAGGACACAGCCUCGAGUAGAGUCGACAGCUUGGCACGAAGUUUGCAGCUGAAUGUUUUCAACUACGUGUCCCGCGGUAUCUUCAAGCACGAUCGACUCAUGUUCGCUCUGAACUUUAUCCACGCCAGCCUUCCCAAGAUGUUCCUGGCCAAAGUUAAACGGAACCAAGUUCCCAGUAAGAGCCCCUGUUUUGAAGGAAUGGGAGCUGUUCACGGGAGUGCUGGUGGACGAUUCGGCCGAACCGAGUGCGGCGAGUAGAAUCAGUUGGGUCGCCGAGGAGCGGACCGGAGCCGUCGCCAAGCUGCAGACCCACCUGCCCUCGCUGUUCAACACCGUCCAGCUCCAUGAUCAGAGCACUUGGGCAGAGUUCUCCAAAACUCUCCAGUGCGAAGAAGCCUUCCCACCUAACGUCGACAGUAAGAUCACGCCCUUUCAAAAGGUGAUUCUUCAGAAAAAAUUUCCUUUAUAGUCUGCCACGACUUGAAAUUCCACCGAAUGACAUUCCGCUGUUCCGCUGUGUGCGUUCGCGAAGCGACUUUCGAAUCUAGGUCACGCUUUCAAUUGAUUUGCAUUGCUGUGGGAGCACAUGAAAGUAAAGUACCUUAAUAAAAGAAAAAAGGGGCGACCAAGGUUUGCAAGGGCGCGCAGCGGAACAGCGGAAUGUCGUUUGGUGAAAUUCCAAGUCGUGGUACACAGGCUAUAUAUAGUAUUUCUCAGCUUCUCAUCAUUCAAGCUGUGCGCCCAGAUCGUCUUUACAACUGCAUGCUUAAUUUCGUCCAGAAAGUCUUAGGUAUAAAAAAUAUUUUCAAGCUUUUCUUAAAUAUUCAUUUAGAUAUACCGUCAAUAAAUCCACCCGCGUUCAGCCUCAAAGACGUCUUCCAAGAAAGCGAAGCCAAGGAACCUAUUCUUCUCGUUCUGGCUGAUGGCGCAGAUCCUUCCCAGGUUUACCCCAAAUGUUUUUUUUUUGUAUAAACUUUUUAGGAGCUGCAAGAACUGGCGAACGUCGUCAGAAUAGGCUACAAAAGCAUUUCGAUGGGACAAGGACAGGAGGAGGCGGCCAUUGAGGCGAUAAACGAAGCGGCGAAAGACGGGACUUGGGUCUGCCUCAACAAUGUCCAUCUCAUGCUAGCUGUCGUUCCUCUGAUCCAAAAGGUCUGAACUCACACCGGCUCCUAAUAAAAAUCAUUCCCAGGAGCUCUCGCUUCUCCAGCCGGAUGCGAAGUUCCGUCUGUGGAUGACGACUGAAGCCGACCAGCGAUUUCCCACGAUUACGCUUCAACAAUGCUUCAAAAUCACCUUCGAACCUCCUCCAGGUGAGACUUGGCAAAGGAAACACCUUUCUAUCCACCCAGGUGUGAGGAACAACUUGCUGAGGACAUACUCACAAGUGGAAGACGUCCAGCGCAGCGUCGUAACCAACCAGAGCAUUUUCGUCGUCGCCUGGCUCCACGCCCUACUCCAGGAACGCCGCACUUACAUUCCACAGGUACCUUCAGACCUAGCUUCUCUCUCAUUUUUUCCUGUAGGCUUGGACCAAGUUCUACGAGUUUGGCGCCAGCGAUAUGCGUGUCGCCAAAGUAUUUGUCGAGCAAAUCACGUUGAGAAGUUUCCAAUGUCCCUCAUUCCUUUUGAAAACAAAAGUACAUCAGAAGCUGACUGGGAAUUCGUACGAGGAAUCCUGCUCUACGUCAUUUAUGGGGGUCGAAUCGAGAACGUCUUCGAUGGCCUCGUGCUGAACGCCUACGUCCAGACGCUCUUCAACGAUGCGAAAAUAACUGGCAAGACCGGAGAGAGCCUUGUGAGAGGAAUUGAAAUAAUUGCCAGCUCCUCGACAAAAGUGCGCUCCAUUGAUAAUUUGUUGAAGAUUUUGCCGUUUUUAGGACUAUGUAGCUCACAUUGCGAAAAACGUGCCUGCCAUAGAUGAGCCCUACAUGUUUGGACUACCCGAAAAUAUCAAGUAUUCUUGGCAGCUUGUCCAGGCCGAGAAAACUACGUCCUCCAUGAGAAAUCUCGGUGAAUAAACCUCAUGAAAACAACGAUUUUUGUUUGGUUUCAGCUCUGGGAGGCGCGACGCCGACCCUGCAGAACGCAGAAGAAGCCGUGGCCCCGAUAAUCGCUCUGUGGAAAAAGCUGUGCCAAGCCGGCGACGUUCACAAGAUGAAUGUAUGACGUCAAUCGGAUGACAGAUCGUAUGACGCCUUCAGAUGCCACCGGAGAAGGACCGCAGUGACGCGUUGGCCGAAGUGCUCUGGCUUGAGUUGAGAAACGCUCUCGAAAUCGUCCAAAACGUCCACAAUUCGUUGCGAAACGUAUCGAAAUCGGUUCGCGGCAGUGCCGUCCCAAGCUCUACCACGACUCAGACUAUACAGGCGCUUGUUUUGCAUCAAGUAUAUCCUUGUUGGAUUCAAAGAGGAUUCUGAAGAGUUACAGACUCCUGACGAAUGGGACGUCAUGUGGUCAGGGCCUAGAGAUCCGGCCGAAUACCUCAACUCGGUCGUGCAAAAGACCAAAGGCACGCAACAGGUGUGCGAAAGUUUCUAAUGUAUAGUAAGACUGAAAUUCUCAGUGUAGAUGGGGAAGAAACUAUGGAAAUUUGAGAGACCUUCUUUCUUAAGUUCUGUAAAAAGUUUUGAGUUCAAAAAAAUAUGGCUUUUUAGAAAAGUCGCUAGCAAGAUUUUCCACUUUUACAAGAUUUUGUAGCUAAGAUGUUCAUAGUUUUUUUCGGGAGAGAAAUUCAUACGAUAAAUUCGAAGCUUGGAAAAAAAUGUAUACUCGGGCAAAGUCGGAAUGGUGGGUAAUAGCCGCUAAAAAGGAAAGGCUCAAAAAAUGCUCCAAAAAGGCUGCAAAAAGGUCGCAGAAAGGCUGCCAAAAGGCCGCAGAAAGGCUACAAAACGCCGCAGAAAGGCUGCCAAAAGGCCGCAGAAAGGCAGCAAAAUGAGUCCUUUUAUUGAGCAUUUCAUUUUUUCUGGUUUUUUAAAGGCUCAAAAAGAGGUGGAAGAAGGGAGAGGCAGGGAAAAAGGUGCAUAAUAGCCGAUGAAAUGGCGCAAAAAGGCAUCAAAAAGGUGCCCUUAUCCCCCUGAAAAGAACAUUUUUAUGGACCCUUUCCGACUUCGCCCUUGCAGAGGAGUUUAAGAAUUUUCUUCUUUUUGAACUUGAUCAAAUCAAAGUUCCUUCGAAACUUCACUGAGUUCAUUUUUACUCAAUCGCCGUUUUUCUAUUGCUGUGUUGAUACAUUUCAUUUCAAAAAAAAGCUAUCAAGUUUUCAGAUGUUCACCGCUGCCGAAUCCGACGAGUUGCUAUCGAAACCCGUGGACUUCUCGGAUCUUUUCCGACCGACAGCUUUUCUGAAUGCUCUCAGGCAGUCAACAUCCAGAGCUCAGUCUACGCCGAUGGAUGAGCUGAAACUUUCAUCGGCCUGGGAUUCGUCUCGACUACCUUCCAAAAGUUCGAUUCACGUUCGAGGACUUCUCAUCCAAGUUUUCAUUCUACCUGUGAUCAUGACUCUGAAAUUUUCCCAGGGAGCCACAUUCGACGGAAUUCUGAGAGAGACGACGGAGAGCAGCCCAGUUAUGGCGCCAGUUCCUCCGCUUUAUCUGGCAUGGACUCGUGACGUCAGUUCGUGUAGAUGACUUCGAAAAAAUCUUUUUUCUCAGGAUGAAAGCACAGUGGUCGGCGAGCAGACGACUGUGCCUCUCUACGUGAACAGCGAGCGCGAAGAAGUCGUCGCGCGAAUCGCGAUGCCGUGUCGCGAGAAAUUCGUCUGGGACAUGGCCGCCGUCGCCUUGUUCCUCAAGUGA